UCCAUGGCUUCUUCAAGAAAUAAUCAUUUCAAUUUUGUGUUACUCUCAUUUUUAAUUAUCCUUAAAACAUCGAUAUCUUUUAGAAAUCAUUCGUCCACAGAUGGAUUAUUGCCAUUUGCACCUAAACAUGUUGUGAUUAUUAACAGGAUUAACACACGCGCAACAUUGAUCUUACAUUGUAUAAACAAAGGAAAAGAUCUUGGGAUAAGAGCGGUCCAAUUUGAAGAAAGUUUUGAUUUCAAAUUUCGUGUCAACUUCCGUAAAACAACAAGGUAUACUUGCACUUUCAACUGGCCUGGACAUAGAGCAACAUUUGCUAUUUUCAGAGUAGAUAGAGAUGAUAACCCAAGAAGUAAAAUUGGGGUAUGCAGAGACUGCAUUUGGGUUAUUUAUGAGCCAGGCCCUUGUCGUGCUAAGAGUGAUGGAGGCGGUCUUACUUGUUUUGAGUGGGAUUCUUAA